AUGGAUCGCAGGGGUCGUCGACGCUUCGGUAGGAACGGGCAAGCGCCGCCGGCGAUGCCACUGGACCCGCGCCGCAACGGCCAGCGCGGCGUGCCCUUCGUCUACGUCUUCCCAGAAGGAAUAGGGCUGUGGAGCAACGGAGCUGUCAUGCUCGUUCCCUCACACACGUUCCUACAUCAGAAUGCUGGAUAUUUCCGCAUGGUUUAUUGUGUUCCUCAUGACAUUCUCCACUGUUUUCACAGUAAAUGGGGUGAUGAGUGUCUUUUGGGGAAAUGUCCUAAAAUACAGCAUUAGAACCUCUUUGUCUUAUUCCAUUUGCUUGGUCUCUCUUCUACCCUGGAUGAGUGGCAAUGUGCGCCGUUUUCAAUUGUUACCUGAAGCUAUUUCAAUUUACUCAAUAUUUUUGAGUGUAAUCACGCCAAUGGUAUUUCGUUUGGAAUCAAAUACUGACGAAGUGUCAGAGCAUUACCCUUUUGUUGACUUGAUGGUGUCUCUUGGCUCAAUUGUUGUUUUGACAAUACGAUUCCUUGCAAUGACAUAUGACGCUGCAGAGGAAUACCUGGCUCAUGACUUCGGCGAACAAGUACGAGCCCUCUUAAGGCACACUCCUGAAGAUUGGCACUAUUACGUGACAAUGGCGAUUAUGUUUGGUUACCGUCUUUCUAAUCACUUGCGCAACCUCCAGAGAUACAUAGUCGAAAGACUGGGCUUGGAGUAGGAAGAUGCAGAGAAGAUUUUAUUAAAAACUGAAACAGUUCACUGUUUUUCCAUGCUUUUGAUUUAUGUAAUUAUUCAAAUGAUAAAUUGUAUACCAGUUCUAAUGGAAAUAAUUGUAAUGUUUUAUCUCAGUACUCAAUGCAUUUAUUGUUGUAGUGUUGCAGGUCUGUUGCUUAUGAUAUAAGUGACAUAUCUCAAAUAUGUGCUGGUUAUUAAACCAUUAUCUUCCAAAAAAUAUUUUCUAUGUAGCAAAAGUAUGUCCUCCUGUUUUAGGGACCACGACAGAAGUCAUUUUUAUUCUUAGGUGAAACAAUUGAAAACUGGUGAGGUGUAGCCGGUUGAGGUAUAAUAAAGAGUGGUGAAGCAGGGGCAGGAAGAGGGAGAGAGAGACAGUAGGAAUCAAAGAGGUGAGAAGGGGGAAGGUCGGAAGGGGGAGGAGAGAAGGGGAUGAUGAAAGGGAGAGGAGGGGGUGAGAGGGAGAAAAGGAGAGAGAAGUGAGAGAAUAGGUGGGUUGGAGAGGACGAAGAAAUCAUGUCACAAGAGACAAUCUCAAAUAUGAGCAUAAUAAUGCAACGCAAGAGCAUACGUCUACGUAUUCUGUAAUUGUCCCCAAAAGCCGACGCAACAAAUUUUUUUAUCGAUAAACCCAAUAGAAAUUCGAUUGAUCAAUAAUAUUUUCAUGUCCCUUUUUCCAAUUCUUUUUAUUCAGUAUUCUUGAAAAACGAACUCAACACACCAUUGACUAUCCUCCGAAUUAAUUUUAAAAUUCUCAUUUUCAAAAACGUUUCCGAUUCAAUUUUCUUAAGUUGAAAAAUGUCUCGAUUGUUAUCUAAUUAAAGUGAAAAAAAUGAAACAAAGAAUCUUAUUAAAAGUCUUGUGAUUUAUGACGAACAAUUCCGAAUUCGUAUAAAAAUAUUCCAUUUCAUUUAACAUUGGUGGGUAAAGGGUUAUGAGAAGAAAUAUAUAUAGAGAAUAUAGGCAAUUUUUCUUGGGAAUUUUCUCCAAAAGAUAGGUCUCAAGACAGGUAGUAAAUAAAAUAAAAUACAUUGCCUAUGGUUCAAAAUAAAACCGCUCUGUACUGGUUAAGAUUCAAAUCCUGCGGCAAAAUGACAACUUUUCAGAUGUGUCACUUUUCUUGAGUGUAUGUAAAAUGUUUAUUUCAGAGAAAAUAAGAAAUAAUUUCUUUCAUUGUGUUUCAUGUAUGUUAUAUUAAGAAAUAAAAAAUAUUAAAAUGGAA